AUGAAAGCAUGUGAUGAAAGUAUAUAUAGGGAGGAACAAACCGCUUCAUCUAGCACAGACCGUGAUGAUGAAAGUUGUAUAACAGUUGAUCGGCUUUCUGAAACCAAUGCUCAAAGUUCAUCUAGGCAAAGGCCGAGAGUACCAGGCUUGCAGAGGGAUAUUGAAGUGUUGAAAAGUGAGCUCCUGAAAUUUAUUUCAGAGCAUGGGCAGGAAGGAUUUAUGCCCAUGAGAAAGCAACUUCGUUUACAUGGGAGGGUAGAUAUCGAGAAAGCAAUCACACACAUGGGUGGAUUCCGGAGGAUUGCAACAUUGAUGAACCUCUCUCUUGCUUAUAAACAUCGAAAACCAAAGGGCUAUUGGGACAACCUUGAUAAUUUGCAGGAAGAGAUUAAUCGAUUUCAGAGGAGCUGGGGAAUGGACCCUUCAUUCAUGCCCAGUAGAAAGUCAUUUGAGCGUGCAGGGCGCUACGACAUUGCGCGUGCAUUAGAAAAGUGGGGAGGCCUUCAUGAGGUUUCACGUCUACUGUCGCUCAAGGUGCGGCACCCUAAUCGACAGCCGAACCUUGCCAGGGAUGUAAAACUUGAUUAUGUAGUAUCAACUGAUGUAGAUGGAGAGAAAGUGGCACCAUCUGAUCCCUAUGUAUCUCAAGAUACACAAAAGUGGAUCUCAGAACUAAAACAUUUGGAUAUUAAUUGGGUUGAAUAG